CGCCCGGGCCGAGGAGGACCAGAGCGGACUCGGAGGACCCGGACAUGGCUGAGUACUUGAGGCUGCCCCACUCGCUGGCGUUGAUCCGCCUCCGAAACCCGCCGGUCAACGCGCUCAGUGAAACUACACUCGAUGACAUAAAAGAGGGACUACAGAAAGCUUUAUCAGACCAUACAAUACAAGGCAUCGUGAUUUCUGGAGCAAAUAACAUUUUCUGUGCAGGUGUCAAUAUCCGUAACUUCAGCAGUACGUACACUGGCAUUGACUUGGGAAACACGGUAGACAGGAUACAACGGUAUGAGAAGCCUGUGGUGGCAGCCAUCCAAGGCAUGGCUUUAGGAGGGGGACUGGAGCUGGCUCUGGGCUGUCACUACCGCAUUGCCCAUGCAGGGGCUCAUGUUGGCUUUCCAGAAGUUACUCUGGGAAUUCUUCCUGGUGCAAGAGGGACCCAGCUUCUCCCCAGACUCAUUGGGAUUCCUGCAUCUUUGGACUUAAUUACCUCAGGAAGACAUGUUUUGGCAGGCGAAGCCCUCAAGCUUGGUAUUGUGGAUGCAGUUGUCAAUUCAGAUCCAGUUGAAGAAGCGGUCAAGUUUGUCAAGAAAAUUUUAGAUAAACCCCUAGAGCCCCGCCGACUCUUGAACAAGUCAGUUCCGAGCUUGCCCAACAUGGACAGCAUUUUCAGUGAAGCCUUCGCCAAGGUGCGAAAGCAGUACCCAGGCUUCCUCGCUCCAGAGACCUGUGUCCGAGCUAUUCAAGCCUCUGUGAAGCUUCCCUAUGAACUGGGCAUCAAGGAGGAGGAGGAGCUGUUUUUCUACCUUCAGAAGUCAGGGCAGGCCAGAGCCCUGCAGUAUGCUUUCUUUGCUGAGAGGAGUGUGCAAAAGCAGUCACCUCCCUCUGUGGCAUCUUGGCAAACGGCGCCGACACGACCCAUCUCCUCAGUUGGCGUUCUCGGCUUGGGCACCAUGGGCCGAGGCAUUUCCGUGUGUUUUGCAAAGGCUGGGAUCCCAGUAGUUGCUGUAGAGUCAGACCCAAAGCAGCUGGAAAUUGCCAAGAAAGCAGUAACAUCCAUGUUGGAAAGGGAGGCCUCCAAAAUGCAGCAGAGUGGGCGAGCGUGGACAAAACCAACACUCACGUUCUCCUCGUCGCUGAAGGAGCUGUCCAGCGUGGACUUAGUGGUGGAAGCAGUGUUUGAGGACAUGAACCUGAAGAAGCAGGUCUUUGCUGACCUGUCAUCUGUGUGCAGACCGGAAGCUCUUCUGUGCACCAACACGUCAGCCCUAGACGUGGAUGCGAUCGCUGCUGCCACUGAUCGUCCUCACUUGGUCAUUGGCACCCACUUCUUCUCACCAGCUCAUGUCAUGAAGUUGUUGGAGGUCAUUCCCAGCCGCCACUCUUCCCCCACGACCAUUGCCACCGUCAUGAACUUAUCCAAAAAGAUUCAGAAGAUCGCAGUAGUUGUAGGCAACUGUUAUGGAUUUGUUGGCAAUCGAAUGCUGAGGCCUUAUUACAACCAGUCACAUUUCUUAUUAGAGGAAGGCAGCAAGCCAGAGGACAUAGAUGGGGUGCUGGAAGAGUUUGGCUUUAAAAUGGGACCCUUUAGAACAUCUGACCUUGCAGGUUUGGAUGUGGGUUGGAAGGUUCGCCAGGGUCAGGGCCUUGCUGGCCCUGCAUUGCCACCAGGAACUCCUGCCCGAAAGCGGGGCAAUGUGAGGUACUGCCCGCUUGCGGAUAUGCUCUGUGAAUCAGGGCGAUUUGGCCAGAAGACAGGUAAGGGUUGGUAUCAGUAUGACAAGCCGUUGGGUAGGGUUCACAGACCUGACCCCUGGCUUUCCGAGUUCCUGUCGCAGUACAGAGAAACCCACCAUCUUGAGCCCCGUUCCAUCAGCCAGGAGGAGAUCCUCGAGCGCUGCCUGUAUUCCCUUAUCAACGAGGGAUUUCGUAUCCUGGGAGAAGGGAUGGCGGCCAGCCCAGAGCAAAUUGAUAUCAUCUACUUGUCUGGCUAUGGGUGGCCGAGGUACAGGGGCGGGCCCAUGUUCUAUGCCGCCACGGUUGGCUUGCCUGUGGUUCUGGAGAAGUUGCGGAAGUAUUACAUGCAGAACCCUGAUGUCCCUCAACUGGAGCCCAGUGACUACCUGAAGAAGCUGGCUGCGCACGGAAACCCACCUCUGAAGGAUUGGCAGAGCUUGGCAGGGCCACCUGGCAGUAAACUGUGAUUCGGAUUUCUACAUUUUGUCUCCUGUGCUGGGGCCUGGUAAAACCCACUGGUGUAAUCCAAAAGUCCAAAGUGAGAUUGCUCCAAAAUGCAAAACAAUUCAAAACUCCUCUUCGGAUCAUCUGUGUCGUGAUUCUGUAGGUCUUUGGAGAUGUGUCUUUGAUGUUGCUGUAUGGGCUCCUAAACUAAAAUUCUGUGAAUAAAUUCAUGUUCAUAUAAUAGCAUGAUAGCUGAUAAAGGAGCCUUAGGAAUAACUUGGGGUUCUCAAGUGCCUUGGUCCUUGGAGAACUGUUUUUAACUGAUAAAUGAUGAAUGCAAUUAAAUACUUCACGAGCUCCUUUAAUUUUGCAUAUACAGUAUUGAUGGGAACUCUAGUGGGUCAUAAUUCACAGAUAGUCACUGAACACCUCUUGGGUUCUUGCAGUAUCUGAGAGCACGUGGCAGAGCCAGUCCAGAGGACCUUUAAUCCAGAGCCUGGGUUGAAUUCCCGUCCAGUCUAGGAGGUGGAAUAGAGAUGGUUGCCAGGGCACAGUCCGCUGUGAGCAUCCCCAUGAGCAGGAUGGACAGGCAGCGGUCAUAACUAGAAAGAGGUGAAGCAUGGUUGCCAGUUACUCAAGGUUCAAGGUCACUAGACAAAAUGGGAACUCAUAACUUGGCACCCAUACCCAUUACACCACUCUGUCCAAGGCCCAGGCACAUGAGCACAGUCGUGCUGGUUUCAAGGGACUCGCCAUGUUUGUAGGUAGUUUCCCCAUGCCAGGGAAUUCCUUCAACUGUGUCUUUAAUAAUUUCUGCUCUUCUGUUUAGAGAGAAGUAUUAUGAUGGUGAUUCUAUAACUUUUGUGAUGAUACUAAAAAGAAAAAACCCUCAUUGAGUUGUAUGGUUUGUUUGGUAUGUGUAUUAUAUAUCUCAAUAAAGUUAAUGAAACUAA